UUGAAAGCAUUCCAUGUGGAUUAACGACUACAAGUCUUUUGUUUAUGCAACUACUUGGAAUAUUUUUUACGCUAUAGCUGCGUCUAUAACGCUAAAUAAAUAUCGUUUUCGCUUAUCGAAAAUAUAACAAAAGUCUGUACCGAAUGCUGCCGCCAAAUUGCACAAAAACUCAAACUCAAUAUUUUUGCGAUAAGGCCAAAUGGAAAUGAAUGGUGCUACAUUCAAUGCCGCAAUUGCAUUCAAUAAAGAAUUAACUAAGAGAGCAAUACUACGAACCGAUGUGAUACUUAAAGACUAAGCAUUGCAAAAUAACGAUAAAUUACAGAAGUAAACAAAAAAGUACUAAAAUAAAAUAAAGUAAACCAAGAGACUUGUGCUAAAAGACUUGCCAAAUUCAAAAUGGAACACUUGGAUCUGGCGGGUUAUCUAAAUACGCCUGUAAAUUGGAAUUUGGGCGCAUUUGAACAGCAAGAUGCCAUUUACUUGAGCAGCUCGCGGCAAAUGCUGGAGCCCAUAAUGGAGGAAACAUCAGAGGAUGAGGAGCAUGCGCAAAACAGUUGGAAUGGCUAUGAGCAGCGCGGGUUCUGGAGCUCGGCAGAGUCCGAAACGGGUUCAGUAAUACGCGUCGAGGUGAACAAGGAUAUCGACGCUAUGUCUGAACGCGACUUUGCAUGCCCGCCAAAGCGCGCGCGACGCUCACAGGAUGAGCUGCAGCAGCAGCUGCAACAACAAAUGGAGGAUGCAGUGCAGCUGCGUCGUCCGCCACCGCCACGUUAUGAUGCUGAAUCACACAACAGUUUGGAGCGCUUUUUGGCGCUGGAAAUGUGCACACGGGACAGCUAUGGAAGUCAACGCAAUAGCACAGGCAGUCGACGUGGCGGCAAUUUCGAGGAUUUCUAUUCGGAUAAUGAUUCGUAUCAUUCGUUGUCGCGCAGCUCAUCGCUGGUGCAGUUUGAAUCGCUGGAGCGUCAGUUAACGCUGCAGGAGCAGCACCAGAGCAUGCAAAGCUUGGGCAAUAGCUCACCCUCGCUGCUUAGCUGCGAAACUUUGGGCAGCGCCAGCGGCAGCGGCAGUCACAGCAAUCCGGACAGUCGACGUGGCAGCAGCUCAUCGCUGCUCAAGCGUUUUGAGUCCAGCGAUGGGCGUUUGCAUCAAACUUACUAUGAGCUUAACAAGUUGGACUUGGAGGAGCAGCAGCGUGAGCUGUUUGGCGUUUGCAAAGCGGAGCUUAAAUCGGACUCGGAAUCCAGCAGCGCUUCGUCGUCGUCGAGCAGCAGCGACAGCAGCAGCGGUCACAGUUUGCUUAGCGCUUGUCCCGGCAAGCAGCAAGAUGCGGCGGGCAGACGCUUGCCGCUCAAUUCGGCGGAGAAUUUGUCUGAAGAUUCUGGCUACUGUGAGCCGAGCACAUUGCGACGCGCCAAAUCCAAAAGCAUACCAAAGAAUUUCGACAAACUGUGCGAGGAGGAGGAGGAGCUGGAGCAUGAGCAUGAGCAGCAGCAGCAGCCAGAGGCAGCAACACAUUCCAAAAACUCCAAUUCCAAUGAUUUGUGUCAGACAAAAAUAGAGCAACAGUUGAGCGAGCAGACAAAAACGCAGUCGUCGUCCUCUCUAUGCUCAGCAGUCGCAUCUAUAAAUAGCAGCAAUGAGAGCACGCGCUCUCCAACGCCGUCGCCAUCGCCAUCAUCGCCCAGCGGCUCAUCAGCAGCGUCCGCCGCCUCGUUCACUUGGCUGCGCAACAGUUUGCCCGACAUACGCGAGCCGCGAGGUUCGUCGCCCAAAUUUCUAGCGCAGAACAAAAGCAGCUACGUGCUGGCCGCCCAUACAGCAACUCAUAGUAGCGGCAGCUCCAGCAGCUCAGCGCACAGCUCGCCAGUGCUCAGCAGCAGCACCAGCAAAACUAAAAACAGCAGCGUGCCCAACGAGCUGCAGCAGCUUGGCAGACGACGCCGUCGGCGACUGAGCGCACAACGCAGCUGCCAAAGCAGUGACGACGACGAGGAGGAGGCAACUUACAGCAGCAGCGAGUGCCUGGAUAACUUUGAUUGCCACAGCUUGCCGCGCAUGCGACGCAGCUGCAGCUGGAACGAGCGUAAGAGCUUCAGCAAUACUAGCGCUGGCGCUGGUUAUCUUAACGCCAGUUAUCAAAAUCUAACGCUGCUGGAUUAUAGCGCACGCAGCAGCAACAGCAAACGCAGCAGCAACAUGGCGCAGCAGCAACACGCAGCUGAAGAUUAUCAGCAACUAAUAUGCAAAGGCAACUUUUUGUUGGAUGAGCUAAGUCAAAUCUAUGACAAAAAUGCUUCUAUAUUGAAUGACAAGCCAGUGGAGCAGGCAGAUGUGCUAGACGCACCACCACAAGUGCAGCAUGUGCAGCUCACCAUACGCAAGCCGCAGCGGCAGAAGCGCGCCAUAGCGCCCGCAGCGCAGGCAGCGCUGCCAACGCCAGCAGCAGCUGCAGCGCCCGCUGUUAUAAGCUUCAGCAGCUUUGGCAAAACCUUCGAUCAAGAUCCCACCAAUUUGCGCACUUCGUACGCAGCAUCGUUGGAGCAGUGCAAUCUUAUGGAGCAGCCAGUGGCAGUGUCGCCGCCAACGCCGCGUGCGCUGCCCAAGCGACGCUUUCAAAGCAGCACAGCCAAGCAGCGCAGCUUGGUAAGCAGCACGCCCAAUCUGUCGGCUUAUGAUGGCAGCGCUCAGGACAACUUGGAUGACAUUUAUGUAAGCAGCGCACACAAUUCAAUGCAUCAGCUGCCGCAGACGCCCACGCAGCCCAAGCCAUUGGGCAUACUACUGCCCGCAGGCUCACGCAAUUCAUUUAGCAAGGAGGUGAGUUUUUGUCCUGUGGUAAGCAAGUAUUGCUGGCAGGAGCAAAGCUCGGAGGAACCAGUGGAAACAGAACACAGCAGCGAGGAUGAGCAGUCGCUGGAUGAGCACGAGCUGUUGGAUAACAACGACGCCACUGUUAUUUAUAACACCAAAGAGAACGAAAAUAUAGCAGCGCGCUACAAUGAAGAGCAGCAGCUAAGAGCGCGCGCGCAAGAGAUCGCGCAAGCAGAAGAGAGAGCGCAAACAGAAGAGCGCGCUCAAGCAGAAGAGAGCGCGCUGACAAAGCAAGAGCGCAACGCAACGAUCGAGAGCGCGUCGCUGCCGCCGUCGCCGCAGCCAGUUUCGUUAGCUAGCGUCAGUCUUAAACCAAACUGCGUCGCGUACAGCUCAGCGUCGGCUACAGCUCCACCUAGCGUUAAAAAUAGUUCAACUCAAGCGCAGCAGCAGCGUCCGCUAAGCCUGCAUUUGCCCAUACUAAGUGAACCGCCCACAAAUCGCGCGCAUCAAAUACUCUACGCCUCGCAGCAGCUGCUGCAGCGUUACGACAACGAAUCCCCACAACUGGACAACAUGCCGCGCAGUCAAACCGUCGCCAGCAUUAACAACAACGAGUGCAGCUCCAAGCAGCAGCGCGCCAACAAAAGCGAUGAGAAGCAUCCAAGCUCCAAGAGUUUUCUUUCACGCUUUGCGCAUGGACUGCGCUUCUCGCUGCGACGCAAAAAGAAGCAGCAGCCGCAGUCGCAGCCACAAGCGCCAGCUAAGCCUGCUCGAGCGCUGGACAAAUCCACGCCGCUAACCAAUGGACAAGCGCAAGAUUUUGUUUACAUACCGCUAAAGCCGCCGCCGUUGGACGACAGCGCUGCAUCCGAGGCCAGCACUGCCAGCCUGCAUAGCCGUGCAGCUGAUGCCAAAACAUCAACAUUGCAGAAAUUGGUUACUGGCAAGCCGCCGUUGCCGAAGCUGCCGCCGCGUCAGGCGCAUGCGUCGUCCGUCGUCGUUGGCGGCGGCAGUGCUGCCCAUGCUAGCGAUGCGCUCUUGGCUGCCGAACGGCAACAAUAUGAAGCGUUUGUUAAACAGUUGACAACGGGCAAUCAAAUGGCAAUGAGCAUGGCCACGGAUUCACCGUCGCGUGCCAGCGUCGCGCAAAAGACGCAAAUGUUCAAUCAGCUGGGCGCACAGCCUACGGCGCCACGUUCGCGUGCUCCGCAUAUGGUAACCGUUGUGCCGGUUGCGGUUUCACCCAUGCUGGACGACGACGACGACAUGUCAGCCAACAAGCUUGGACUGAUUGAAACCAAUCUGGAUACGCAUGAAACUGUCAUUUCGGGCAAAACGCGUUCGCUCAUGGAUAUUACCUGCAAUCCGCUGCAGCAGCAGCACAAGCGUUACUUGGUCAAACGCUUGAAUGUCACCAGUGCCGCCUACGAUGUGGAGGAUGAUGAUGAUGUGGAUGCUGCUGCUGUGGGUCAACGCAUCAGCAGCUCCAGCCAAGCGGGCGGUGUGCAAAUUGCAUCGGUGCGUCGUCCACACAAAAGCAUGGAAUUCCUUUUGGAUAAAGAAAAUCAAAAGAAUGUUUUGCCACCCGAGAACGAGCUACAGAAAUCGCAUGAGCACAAUCCGGCGGCGCUGAGCGAGCAUCAGCUGCGUGUGCAGGCGUCGCUGCAGCGUCUGAACAUCCCCGACUGGUUCCGCCAAUACAAUCAGAAUGCCGCACGGUCGCCAGAUGGCGCCACAAUUGCAGCCAAUGCUGCAGCAGCCGCCGGCGCUUAUAAGCCUGGCAACUUUACAAGGAAACGCACACAGGACUCGGGUCGCUGGCAAGGACUCAACUCGAAGACAACAUCGCUGAGUUCGCUGGGCUCGCAGCGCUCCGAUCGCAGUCCGCUGCUGUUGAGUCCAUCGGCGCACAGUCAUCAUGGCGGCCAGAGCCAGAGUCAGGGUCAGGGACAGGCUCAGGGAGCGGGCGCCACACGCUGGUCCACAUCGCAUCUGAACUCGACGCAAACCUCGCCCAGCGUUUCGCAGCGCGGCAGCUUUGCGCGCGGCGCGCCCAUCAACAGCAGCUUCAUGUCCGUGGCCAGCGGCAGCAGCAGCGCCGGCGGUCCAGGCGGCGUCCUACGCAACUCGUAUCGACAACCAUAUCUAGGCUGGCGCAGCACAGAGAAACUAUCGCAGCGCACGCCACACGAACGUUUGGCCAACUCGCUGCUGGCGCAACGCACUUCACCCACAGCAGCAAAUGGCGGCGUGCGCAUGCUGCAGCCAGCGGCUGUGACGCCGGAAAUACAAAGCUCCAUCAAGGAAGUGACCUCGGCCAUUGUGCACUAUGUGAACGAUCAGCAGCAGCAACAGCAGCAGCAGCGCAGUCGCUCAGCGAGUCCCAAUUCGAGAAAGUGCUGGCUGGAGAGCAGCUUUGUGGGCACACGUCCGCUGGACUCACCACAAACACCCGUCAUCGAUACCAGCAGCAGCAGUCCGCCCGCCCAGCAUCAGCAUCAGUUCCACUUGGAUGCCACAUCGGUGGUUGCCCAGCAGCCGCCCUUACGCAUGAACGGAUUGAGUCGAGUUGGCGGCGGUGGCGCGCCUGAACGCUCGUUGAGCAAUGCAUCGCUAGAAGAUGUCUUAGCCUCACUUUUAGGACUGCCAACUACCUCCUCCUCCAACAACAGCCACAACACCAACAACAACAACAGCAACAAUACCAACAACAACAACAACAGAACCCAAACGGCAACAGGGUCCUCGACGACAGCUACAGCUAAUCGUCAACAGCUGGAGGUGGAACAGCAGCUACUGCGUCGUCGCAGCGAGGGUGACGCACCCAAGCAGCAGCAGCAGCAGCAGCAAUCACAGCAAGCCCAAACGCAUACGCAAUCCCAAGCGGGAGCAGCAACUAGUCAUAAGCAUUCCAAUCAGAGCCAGAGUCAGAGCAAUGUCUGCAGUCGACGCAUAUCGCUGGACGACGCCAACGCCCAUCAGGAGAAAGGCGGCAAUGCAGGAGCAGCAGCAGCAGCUGGUGGAGCGGAGCAACUGCAGAUCCGUUGCCGCAACACCAAGUGCGACGCCAGCGCCACGCCGGCCGAUGCCAAAAAGCUUUACAAGUCAUGCCACAAUUGUAACCAUCUAUACUGUUCACGUGAGUGUCGGCGCAUCCACUGGGAGAAGCAUCGCAAGGCGUGUCUGCACUCGCGCGCCUCCAACCUCUGCCGGCAGCUGCUAGCCACCUGCAAGGACGAUCUCGACUCGCAGCGUCAUCUCAGUCUGCUGGCGCGCAAGGGCAGCUUGUCGCAGGGGCGUGGCGUAGUGCGUGUGCUCUUCCGCAGCGCCGAGGCGGCGGAGGGAUUCAUCAAGCAUGGAUUUCAGUGCAUGGGCGAGGCCAGCUAUGUGCGCUGGCCGGAUCUAAUGCCAGCCGAAAUGGGCCUGGAGCUGUACUCGGAGCUGCUUAAGCUUAGCACCGAAUACAAGCCGGAGUCGAAAAUGUUAAUCUACGUGGCCAUUUGUGUGGUGUCUGAAGCGCCGGGCAUGGGUCAAGCGCCAGUGCGCUGGGAGCGGCAGCUUGUCUCACGCUGUGCCAAGCUGAAGCUUUGCAAGAGCGUGCUGGCCGAGCUGGAGCUGGCGCAGCAGGCGCUGCAACAGCCGCUGGCCGUUGUGGCUGUGCCCGAGCGCACCGAGAUACUCAUACUCACCUUUAAUCCCGGCCUGCGCACCAUGCCCGGCAACCGCGAGCUCAUACUCUCCAACAUACUGGACAUACUCAGCCGGCGCGGCGUGCUGCUGCGCAAACACUAUCCGGAGAUCUAUCAGCGGCUGCAGACCUACACCGAGGGCCAGACGGACAAGUUCAAUCCGGUAACGCUGCAUCCGCGCGACUCGCAAACGGGUCAGAGCUUCGUUUGCAUCAUCAUGCCCGUGCAUACGGAUAGCGAACUCAUCAAGCUGCCCUCGGCAGCAGAUGGCGGCGGCAAUCGUGUCACCACCAUUGACGUUGGUUCGCCGGCAGCGCUUGCCCAGCUGGACGACGAUGAGCUGCUCACACGCACAACGCCAGCAAGUUGAUCCCAAGCUCGACGCAGCGGCAGUGCCACGCCUCCACAUUCACUGCACGCCUACAUCGAUGCCAUGGAGAGCACGCGCAUGUGAGAGACAACGCUCCCCACUCGCUUCCAACUCUUUACUGCUCUUAAGCUCUACGCUCUUAACUCUCACUUUCGUAUAUCAGUAGAGCCCUCCAACUCUCUAUAUCAAAAGCAAAUUAAAAUUAUAUAAAACAUAUAUACACUUGUUGUCUGAUACACCAUGAAAUUGAAAUUAUAAUCAGGCAUAGGCUCUCGCUCUAUUUAUUGUUUAUAUAACUAUUACUAAUACUAUUUCCAAGCAGCUUUAAUAACUCGUAUAUCUAGGAGCUUAUGAACGACCACACACAGUCACACACAUGCAAAAGCUGAAUGCUGCGAAAACUGCUGUUCGAGCGCGACAAUUGUAGUAACUUAACUGAGUUCCUUAAUUUUCCACUGCACUGUAACCAAAUCGCAACCAAACCAAUGUAAUGCGUUUGUUUAUAAUCCUGCAGCUUCCAAGCCUAACAAAAGAGUAAUAAUAUAUGCUAAGACAGUAACUAAACACUUGAAAGUUUGAUACCACACUCUAGCUUAAGCCGAAACACACUUACAUACAGUUACAAUUUCCUAUAAAUGCAAACACAGCUCGAAGCAUAACCUCACUUUUUAUAAUGCAAUACACACACACACAGACACACACAUACUACAAACGAUAAACGCUCUUAUUUAUAUAUAAUUAUAAGUCUAUGUGUUAAUUGCAACAAAAUCAAUCAUUUGAAUGAUUUGCCUAUGGCCUUAUUUAAAGUUUGUUGACAAUUUGUUCAGUCCCAGUCCAGACAUUAGCCUUUUUGCAUUAGGUUUAUAAUUUAUGCAUAAGUAAAUUGCAAAUCUAGGUUAGCUUAAAUAUAUGCAUACAUACAUACAUACAUCAAUUAGUUAAAUUUGUCUACUAAUUACUACGGUUAGAGUUGAAAAUCAAAAACGAUUUGUAUUUAAUUUCUCAUUGUUAGCUAACAUAAAUAUUUAGAGCAUUAACCCUCUAACAUUUCAUUUGCUAGCUCAAAUUGCUUAACUACUUACAACAAUUUAUACAGCUGUUUGUGUAAAUAAAUCAAAUUUACAUUCACACUCUCACAUAUAUACAAAGAAUACAUAACGGCGCUUAAAUGAUCUUAAAGCAACAUCAUUAGUUUCCACAAACAAACGGAAUAAAUAAAUAAUUUGAAUUGUUUAGUACUUUAAGAAAAAACUU